ACACCCAGGGGCAGCCCUGUGGACCGCGAGGUCCUCACACUUUGUUGUGCUGAAUGAACAGAGAAGCUAGUUGGUUCGUUACACCAGUUAUCAAAUAUAACAUAAGUCAGCAGAAAUUAAACCUAGUUAUAAAGUUUUGUUCUUCGUUUAAGGUCAAAUGUCCUCUUUUGUAAAGUAAACCGUAAAAUUUAUUUUUUAUUGCGUCAAAAGCUGAAAUCAAAGCGAGGUAAGCUAAAGAUAGCGGCGAACUACCAGACUGCUUUACAAUUCUUUGUAAAUAAUAUUUAUUUGUUGCUAACAACUAAAGACCUGGUAAUUUUUGAAGUCUAAAGACAAGACUGUAAUCUCACUGAAGUUUACUGAAAUUCGGCUUGUAUUUAAUCUACAGAUCUGUUGUUUUUAUAGAAAUCUGUCUGUCUUCAUAUUCAAAGUGUAGCCUGUAUCAGAACACAGAGAACCGCUUAAAGAGUUAUUUACACGGAGUUCAAUGAGGAGGAGCAGGCACAUUAUCAGAGUCUGAACAUGUACAGACUGUUUAAUUUAGUGUCAGGGAUGCUGAGAUAUAAAGUUAACAGAAAUGCAUUAAAAAGUUAAAAACAUUAAAGGUACCUAAAUAUGAUCAGUAUGAGUUUAGAUCGAUCAGAGUGAAGUUCUCACGAAUCCUCUCUAUUCCCCAUUAUUCUUACUCAGAUAACGAGAUCAUUUCAUAGAAAACACGCUUUGUGAUUCACUCACACACCUGUACCUGUGUGCUCUCUCAGGUGGGUCUCUCACCUGGUGGAAUCAUGGAGCUGGCUUAUGUCUGUGAGUGGGAGAAACGUCCAAAGAGCACCCACUGUCCCUCCAUCCCGCUGGUCUGCUCCUGGUCCUGCAGGAACCUGGUGGCCUUCACCACCGACCUGAAGAAUGAGGACGACGAUAAAGGUACACACACACACACACACACACACACACACACACACACACACACACACACACACACACACACACACACACACACACCUCCUGUGUCUGCCUUUAACCCUUUAUGUUUGUGUUUCAGAUGUUAGUCACAUGAUCCACAUUAUCGACACUGAGCACCCAUGGGACGUUUACUCCAUCAGCUCUGGACACACUGAGGUCAUUUCCUGUCUGGAGUGGGACCAAUCAGGUGAGUUUGUACCUUUGUACCAGGUAACAAAUCUUCUGACAUCAGAAAAACACAAGUGAGUUAGAGAGGUGUGUUCUUCUUCAACUACAAACAGGUGAUCCUUGAAAAUACCUGUGUGUGUGUGUGUGUGUGUGUGUGUGUGUGUGCGCGCAGGUUCUCGUUUGCUGUCUGCAGACGGAGACGGUCAGAUUAAGUGCUGGUCGAUGUCCGAUCACCUGGUGAACAGCUGGGAGAGCGUCCUGUCAUCGUCUCUGGAUGGAGACCCGAUCGUGGCGCUGAGCUGGCUGCACAACGGCGUGAAGCUGGCUCUGCAUGUGGAGAUGGUAACACACACACACACAUAAUAAUAAUAAUAAUAAUAAUAAUAACUUUAUUUUUAUAGCAAACAGAUGUUUACAAAGUGCUUUGACAAACAGUCAUAGAGCACAUCGAAAAAGACAGAUAAAAACGAAAAUCUCAUUUAAAACAGAAUUAAAGGUCAUUUUCACAAGACGAUACAAGAAUCAUGCAACAUAAAAUGAGACCAUGAGAACCAAAAUAAAAACAUAAAGUAGUUAAUAUAAAGAAAAUGCAAUUAAAAGGGGGGUUGAAAGCAGAAAACACGAUAGUAAAAAAAAAAAUAAAAAGACAAUAUCAAUAAUGAUAAUAAAAUAUUGCAGCUUUUCUGGUACCUUUAAAAAAAGUUGCUUGAGGCAGAGAAUAGGUCCUUUAUAUUCAUGUGACAUGCUGCUACUGUUUCAAAGAAGCUUCGACAGCGACCAACGAUUACACGCACACAUCCGAUGUCAUAUGUGAACACUUUGUGACGUGUAUCAUUGCAAACAAAGAACACCCAGUGAAACCAAUGGCAACCAGACAAAAGUAAUUGAACACAGGAUAACCGAUCAGCAAAACAACGUUAUGGCUCCUACAUAAAAUGAUAAAAAGUAAUACUGAUAAUAAUAAUAGUGAUAAAAUAGAGCAACAGAAAUGAGCGAGAGACAAAAACAGAAACAAUAAAAGGUCUAAAAGGUUAAUUAAGAAAAGAGUACAAGUUUUUUUUUAUGAUUAACAUUUUUUAUUUCCAUUUUUCUUUUAAACAGUACAAACACAAACACAAAAACACAAAACAUCCCUCCCUCCCUCCCCAAGUCACCACCAACUGCACUCAUUCCUCUCUGGUUUGCAAAAUACGCCACUGUGCUACUCCUUGUACCACUUGCCUUGUUGGAUCGGCUGCAUCAAUGUAGCUAAACAUAAAGCAAUCACAAUCUCUACACAAAUCAUCGUUGAGAUACAAGAAAAUAUAUGAAUAAAAUAAGAUAAAAUAAUAAAAAAAAUAUUAAUAAGUAUAUAACAAUAAAUGUACAUAUACAUACACAUACUAUAAAAUAGAAUAAUAACUAUAGUAAUAGAAAAUAUACAAUAUAUAUACUAUAUGUAAUUAUAAUUAUAUCAAUUCACAAAAUAUAAAUGAUAUAUACAUAAAAAUAAAUAAAUACAUAAAUAAAUAUAUAAAAAUAACUGAAUACAUACAAACACCUAAUAAGCAAGUAAUUUAAAAUAAUGGGUAAAAAAAAAAAAAAAAAAAAAGACUAUAGAUAGUAAUGGAAGUUAUAACAGAACAGGAAACAUCAUUAAAGUAACACCCAUAACAACUUAAUAUAUAUGUAUAUAUAUUAACAUCUAAAUAUACAUGUAUGCCCAUGCAUACACAUAUACACAGACACAAAAGGGUUAACAAAUACAAAUGAAAACAACAAUAAAAAAAUAAAAAUAAAAAUUAAAAAAAAAUAAAAAAUAAAAAUAAAAAGAAAGAAAAGAGUACAAGUUUAACAAAAGCUAAAAAGACAGUAAAGCUGAAAUAAGAUAAAAAAAGGUAAAAGAGAAAAGACGAUACACGUCUAAAGUGCAGGUGUGAUACUUGGACAUGUGUGUAAACGAGGAUUCAGGGACCUGACGGAUGUCGAGCAGGUAAAAAUCUCUGUCUCUCUCUCUCUCUCUCUCUCUCUCUCUCUCUCUCUCUCUCUCUCUCUCUCUCUCUCUCUCUCUCUCUCUCUCUCUCUCUCUCUCUCUCUCUCUCUCUCUCUCUCUCUCUCGGUUCAGUCCGGUUCCACCAACUUCGGUGAGAAGUUUUCCCGUGUGAAGUUCUCUCCGUCUCUGACUCUGUUCGGGGGGAAGCCGAUGGAGGGCUGGAUGGCGGUGACGGUGAGCGGGCUGGUCACCGUGUCUCUGCUGAAGCCGGGGAGCACUCUGCUGACGGCGAGCGAGAGUCUGUGCCGGCUGAGAGGCCGUGUGGCGUUAGCAGACAUCGCCUUCACCGGGGGAGGGAACAUCGUGGUCGCCGCUACGGACGGCAGCAGCUCCUCCCCUGUCCAGUUCUACAAGGUGAGAACCAGAACCGCACCUGAUGAGAACUGCGCUGACCUCUGACCUUGUCUAACCUGUUCUGUGUGCUCAGGUGGUCGUCAGCGUCGUCAGCGAGAAGUGUCGCAUCGACACGGAGCUGCUGCCGUCUCUGUUCCUGCGCUGCACCACCGACCCGCUGAGGAGGGAGAAGUACCCGGCAGUCACACACCUGAAGUUCCUCACCAGAGAGAACUCCGAACAGGUAACACACAGAACCAGCCGGUUUCUGAGCCGGUCCAAACUGAGCAGAACCAGCUGAAGCCGGUCAGAACCUCAGACAUCUGUGUGUUUCAGGUCCUGCUGUGUGCGUCCAAUCAGACCGGCAGCAUCGUGGAGUGUUGGUCUCUGAGGAAGGAGGGACUUCCUGUCAACAAUAUUUUCCAGCACCGCUCGCCCGUCGGUAAGACCCACAGUCUGGUUCUGGUUCUGACUGCUUCUGUAAUGAAGCUCUCAGUGUUUGACCUCUGACCCCUCUGUUCAGUCGGCGAGAAGCAGCCGACCAUCCUGAAGUGGAGGAUCCUGACGACCACCAACGACCUGGAGCGAGUGUCGGCCGUCGCUCUGCCCAAACUGCCGAUUUCCAUCUCCAACACCGACCUGAAGGUGGCGUCAGACACCAAGUUCUGCCCCGGACUGGGUGAGCAGAACGACCCGAAUCAGGACUCUAAAGCCUGAACCGGGUCUCAGGAAUGACACGUUUAGAAUGGGACUCUCAAAGGACUCGCGGUUCAGGUCCAGAUGUGGGUCUGGUCCCCUGAGUUCUGGUUCUGUGUGUGUUUGUAGGUCUGGCUCUGGCCUUCCAUGACGGCAGUAUUCAGAUCCUGCACCGUCUCUCCCUCCACACUAUGGGCGUGUUCUAUGGAUCCUCCUCGUCCAAUCAGAGGCCAGGGGACGAGUCCGCCAUCAAACGCCAGAGAACCGGAGGCCCCGCCCUCCACUUCAAGGCCCUGCAGUUCUCCUGGACCUCGCUGGCCUUGGCUGGAGUGGACAACCACGGCAAGGUGAGGACACUCUUACACCUGAGACUCACCUGACGGUCACCUGACGGUCACCUGACGGUCACCUGACACUGAGACUUUUCGGUUUCUCCGUUUUUUCACGCCUGUCUCGUUGUCUCUGCAGCUCCACAUGCUGCGAGUGUCGCCCUCUAUGGGUCAGGUGCUGGAGAUGAACACCACGCUGCGCCACCUGCUGUUCCUGCUGGAAUACUGCAUGGUGACGGGCUACGACUGGUGGGACGUCCUGCUGCACGUUCAGCCCAGCAUGGUCCACAACCUGGUGGAGAAACUUCACGAGGAGUACAUGAGGCAGAACCAGGCGCUGCAGCAGGUGAGCGGAUCAACACUACAUUUCCCAUGAUGCCCCGUUAUGUGUACAUCCCUUUAAUCUCACACAUCUCUCCCAGGUUCUGGCCACUCGGAUCGUGGCGGUGAAGGCGUCCCUCUGUAAACUCUCCACGGCGACAGCGGCACGAGCGUGCGACUUCCACGCCAAGCUGCUUUUGAUCGCCAUCAGCUCCACCUUAAAGUCGCUGCUGCGGCCGCACGUCCUCAACACACCCGACAAGACGCCGGGGGACCGGCUGACCGAGAUCUGCGCCAAGAACACCGACACAGGUGAGACAGAGAAGACGGUUAGAGGGACGGGUGAGGACGUGCAAAUAAGGGGUCUAAAAACAAGAUAAAAAGACUAAAUCUGAGGGAAAAGAGACUAAAAACAAGUGAAAUUAUCUGUCCGUGCAGAAAGAUCAUUUCACCCGACAAGAUUUCUUAGAUUAAGAUUGUUCAAUCUAGAAAUAAACACGUCUACAAAUGUGUUUGGAAGGAUUAAAGGAAGACAAAAAUGUUAGUUUUGAGAUAGGCCUGCACGAUAUAUCGUUUGAAUAUCGUCAUCGCGAUAUACGUGUGUGCGAUAGUCACAUCGCAGAGCCUGCGAUAUUGGAGGUGAAUGAACUCAUUUAAUUUCAAGGGUAACCGACUGAGAUACACUCCAUGUGACUCUGCAUGUGCUGUGCAGUGAUCCACCAAUCACCUUAGUUCUUUACUCAGUUGCCAAUCAGACUCAGUUCUCAGUUGCCAAUCAGACGACCCUGCCAGCUGUCAAUCAAAAUCAGAGAGGAGGAAACCCACCCCUGCACAUGUUCUGCACAUGGAGGGAGACGUGUGUCCGCUGAGAAUUACUUUCGGAACAUUCUUCAUCACUGUUUAGCCCAACAAAUAAGAACUGUAUAGGUUUUAAAUUGUACAUUUCCGUGGACCACUCUACUAUAAGUGGUGCGCGUUUUGCGAGGUGCAUGCAAUUCUCGGAGGACAUGCGUUUCUCGGCACAACACCGCUAACAACAACGAUCGCAAAAUGAGCAACAAGCAGAGAAAACCACAGAAGAUAAAGACUUGUUGCCAAAAAGAAAAGGAAAGUCAGUUAUCUGGAAUUAUUUCGGUUAAAAGAAGGAUGAUGUCGACCAAAACACGUCUUCUGUGUUCAUCUGUUGCCACAAUAACGUCCCAGAACAAUAAGAGCUAAAAAUAUCUCUGAGACAGACAGAAGCCAUUCUAACAUUCACAAAAAGAGGUAAGAUCAGAGCAGAUUAACUGUCCUCAAGAUUUCAGCAGUGCAGCAUAACAUUAAACGCUAUUCAGGUCAUCUGGUGAAAAUACUGUAUUUUUAAUAUCGCAAUAUAUAUCGCAGGGUUGAAAAAAAUCGCAAUAUUAUUUUUUUCCAAUAUCGUGCAGCCUUAUUUUGAGAUCAGAUAACUUCAAAUUUAACUUUAGCAGCCCUAAAAUAAGUUAAGUGUACUAAAUAUAAACAUGAAAUAUAUAUAUAUUUUUUAAUCUUUAUUUUAUCAGGCGGUCUCGUUGAGAUCGAGAUCUCUGUAAGUAUGAAAUGAUAAGUAUAAAAUAAGUACAAAAUGCUGUUUUUAAGAUCAGAUAACUUAAAGAGUAACUUCUUUACAGCCUCAAAAUAAGUGAAAUAUACUAAAUAUAAGAAAUUACAUCUUUUGUUUUCUUACUUUUAGCAAAUUAAGCUGAAUGUCAAUUAAACAAGAAAUAGAAAUGUAGAGAAAAAAUACUCAGUAUUAGUGAAGAAUGAUUAAACUGUCUAAAUCCAGGCAGGCUAACCUCGAAACAGGGCUUACUUCAUCUUUAAACUUAACCUUAAAACUCAUUUUUAAAAUAUAAAUCUUAAUAAGUUUGGGUGUGUUGUAUAUCUUGUAUUUGGUGACUGACUUUGCCUGUUUCCUGUUUUGUUUUCACUGUUCUAGUUUUACAAACAUGCUUAAAAUCAGAGCAAUAAACUCUUUUCUAGAGGAUUUUUUUGUGACUCUUGAAUCAAGUAACUUGAGUUUGUUACUGAAUCUUAAAACAAGAUUCUUUUUGAUGAGAAUAAAACUUAUUUUAACUGUUAUUUUCCUCAUUUGAAAGAAAAAGAAAAGGUUGUGUUUGAUAGAAGAUUAAAGUGUAAAUUUAAACUCCUAAAAUAAGAAAUUCAGUCUUAAAUCAACACGUCUAAAUCUACGUUUUUUCGUCUUGGUAAGAACAAAAUCAUUUUCAGUGUACGGAUCAAUAAUCGGAGACAAACCCGUCGUGUUUCAGAUAUUGAUAAGGUGAUGAUCAAUCUGAAGACAGAGGAGUUCGUUCUGGACGGACCCCCCCUCCAGUCCCUGCAGCAGCUCAUCCAGUGGGUGGGAGACUUUGUCCUGUACCUCCUGGCCAACCUGCCGAACCAGGUGAGCUGAGCGACAGAACCAGAACCAGGAACCAUCUGACACUCUGCAGGAACUGACCUGCUCCUUCCUGAUGUUCAGAUUUAAAUCAGUAAAAGUUCAUCUGCAGUAAAUCCACCACAGCUGAUGAGGUCUGUCCUGCAGGGCUCCAUGGUCCGGCCCGGGUUCGGCUUCAUGAGGGACGGCGCGUCUCUGGGGAUGCUGAGGGAGAUGUUGGUGAUGAUCCGGAUCUGGGGUCUGCUGAAGCCCGGCUGUCUGCCCACCUUCACAGCCACGUCUGAUAACCAGGACAGUAUGCAGCUGCUGUUCAGACUCCUCACCAAACUGUGGCUCUGCUGUAAGACCCAAAGACCUGAUCCUCUACCUGAGUCUGGACCAGGACCGGUCUGACUGGAACUGGUCCAGACCUUCUUCUGUUGACUCAGAUCACUAACAGCUUUUGUCACUUCCUGUCUGUGUCUUCAGCCCGGGACGAUGGACCCCCCCAGGAACCUGAUGAGAGUCUGAUAGACGAGUGCUGCCUGCUGCCCAGUCAGCUGCUGGUUCCCAGUAUGGACUGGCUCCCGGUCAACGACGGCAUCAUCGUGAAGCUGCAGGGGAAACAUCCGCUCAGGCUGCAGUUUGGAAAGGCCUCGUCUCUGCCGGGAGGGAGCGCCGCCCCACUGGAGGUCUUCACCAGGUAACCUCGCCCUCAACUUUCUCUAACCCCCAAACCUCCAGCUUCAUCCUGAUCGUCUCCUAAAAGGUCGUAGCUGAUCGUAGCGGAGCAUGGCGGAUAAAUUCAGCACAGAUUAACCCGUGCUGGAAAGGAAGUCGGGCACAGACACAAAAUAAAACAUCCGGCUUCUUUUCAAAAUAAAACACGAUUGACGAACAAGUGAAAGGUUUUUAGACGUCAUUUCACCCCGAUGACACCAUGGAUGAGGAGAUGCUGAUUCUAGAAGUCUAGAAGUAGAUUUCCUCCUCUGGAAGGACACAAUCUACUGCUUAUAUGUCUAUGUGUCUGUCUGUAAAGAGACGACUCGUUAUCCCGUGAUUGAACGUGACUCUUGUGAGAAAUUCGCCUCACUAACCGAAGGCGAAAAUCACAGCUGUUCUGGAUGUGGUGAAAAUUGGGGGUAAGGCUUCAAGUGGAGUCGCCCCCUGCUGGUCAGUUUGAUAAAUCACAGGUUUAAGACUCAGGUUUUAUUUCCUUCUUCUCACAUCGUCUAAAAGUUUAAAAAUGAAACAGUAAAGUAGGUGAUCUGACGACUGUCCACAUGGUGGCGCUGCAGCUCUGAGACAGACUCAGACUCCCCUUAUUUACCUGUGUGUGUGUGUGUGUGUGUGUGUGUGUGUGUGUGUGUGUGUGUGUGUGUGUGUGUGUAGGAGUCCCGGCUCACAGAAGAUGGAUAACCUGCGCUGUGUUCACAUGGGUGUGUGUCCCACAGAGGAGAGUAAAGCCUGCACCAGGUGAGUCGAACAGCUGAUUCCUGUUGCAGGUGAAACAGACAAAAAAAAAAAAUUCACCUUUUUUUUCCCACUUGUCAGGAAAUAAGAUGUGAAACGUUGGGCAUGAGUCAGAUGUUUUUACCUGUUCACAGGUGUAAUCUGUCAUUUUGUCGUGUUUCAGGUGCGGCUGCGUGACGAUGCUUCGAUCCCCAAACAAAACGAACGCCAUGAAGCAGUGGGAGCAGCGCUGGAUCAAAAACUGUCUGUGUGGAGGACUGUGGAGGAGGAUCCCGUCCACGCUCACCUGAACAGAUCUCACACACCUGAGCUGAUCAGAGUCUGACUGAAGGUGGUCCGGUCUGGUUCUGUUCCUGUAAAUAGUUUUGACUCCUUUUAUAAUAAAACUUUCAAAAUAAAAGCCUGUCUUAUACAUGGAUUUUUGGUUCUUGAAGUUCAGUUUAUCAAACUUCGAUUUUUACAUUCAGUAAAUGUGUCGCCUGAAAACCAGGAAAAGCCUCUGAUUGGUUAGAUCUGGGGGCUCCUCAGGUAUCAGGUGUGGAAGUCUCAGACAUCGGUGUCUCCACAGAAACACUCCUGAAAAGUUCUUAAAGGUUUGAGGACAUUUUACCGCUCACAUUUUUACACUGUGUGCACAAUUAUUAGGCAAGUGAGUAUUUUGAUCAUAUCAUCAUUUUUAUGCAUAUUUUCCAACUCCAAGCUGUAUAAACUUGAGUGUUUAUUGGAUAUAAGCACAUCAGGUAAUGUGUAUUAGUGUAAUGAGGGAAACUGGGGCCUAAGGAGAUCAAAACCCUAAAUCAAGGUGUGCAUAAUUAUUAGGCAGCUUCUUUUCCUCAGGUAAAAUGGGACAAAAAAGAGAUUUAAGUGACUCUGAAAAGUCAAAAAAUGUAAAAAGUCUUUCAGAGGGAUGCAGCACUCUUGAAAUUGCUUCGAUAUUUGGGCGUGAUCACAGAACCAUCAAACAUUUUGAUGCAAAUAGUCAACAGGGUCGCAAGAACAUGUUAAGAAAAAAAGACGCAAAUUAACUGCCAAAGAUUUGAGAAGACUCAAACGUAAAGGUACCAGGAACCCAAUAUCCUCCAGUGCUGUCAUAUUCCAGAACUGCAACCUACCUGGAGUGCCCAGAAGUACAAGAUGAUCAGUGCUCAGAGACAUGGCCAAAGUAAGGAAGGUUGAAAUCUGACCACCACUGAACAAGACACACAAGUCGAAACGUCAAGACUGGGCCAAGAAAUAUCUGAAGAGAGAUUUUUCAAUGGUUUUAUGGACUGAUGGGAUGAGAGUGACUCUUGACGGACCAGAUGGAUGGACCCGUGGCUGGAUCAGUAAUGGGCACAGAGCUCCACUUUGAAUCAGAAACCAGCAAGGUGGAGGCGGGGUACUGAUAUGGGCUGGUAUUAUUAAAGAUGAGCUAGCUGGACCUUUUGGGUUAAAGAUGGACUUAAAAUCAACUCCCAAAUCCACUGCCAGUUUUGAGAAGACACUUUCUUUAAACAGUGGUACAGGCAAAAGUCUGCAUCUUUCAAGAAAACCAUGAUUUUUAUGCAGGACAAAGUACUCCACUAUGUGGCUCGCCAGUAAAGGCCUUAAAAACAAAAGAAUAAUGAC